AGUGCCCAGCUUGCACUGACAAUCCAGGUUCUCCCAGGCUCUGAGACCUAACUAAUCCUUGGGUUCAAGGCCAGGAUGAGGGAAAUCGUGCACAUUCAGAUUGGCCAGUGUGGCAACCAGAUCGGAGCCAAGUUCUGGGAGGUGAUCGGAGAGGAACAUGGGAUUGACUGUGCUGGGAGCGACAGUGGGGCCUCUGCGCUGCAAUUGGAGAGGAUCAGCGUGUACUACAAUGAAGCCUACGGUAAGAAGUACGUGCCCCGAGCUGUCCUUGUGGACCUGGAACCCGGGACGAUGGACAGCAUCCGCUCCAGCAGACUCGGAGCCCUCUUUCAACCUGACAGCUUUGUUCAUGGUAACUCAGGAGCUGGUAACAACUGGGCCAAGGGCCACUACACGGAGGGAGCCGAGCUGAUCGAGAAUGUCAUGGACGUGGUGAGGAGGGAGAGUGAGAGCUGCGACUGUCUGCAGGGUUUCCAGAUCGUGCACUCUCUGGGUGGGGGCACUGGCUCAGGCAUGGGCACCUUGCUCAUGAACAAGAUCCGGGAGGAAUACCCAGAUCGGAUCCUGAAUUCCUUCAGCGUCAUGCCGUCCCCCAAGGUGUCGGACACGGUGGUAGAGCCCUACAACGCCGUGCUGUCCAUCCACCAGCUGAUAGAGAACGCGGACGCCUGUUUCUGCAUCGACAACGAGGCCCUCUAUGACAUCUGCUUCCGCACCCUGAGGCUGACGACGCCCACCUACGGGGAUCUCAACCACCUGGUGUCCUUGACCAUGAGUGGCAUCACCACCUCACUGCGCUUUCCCGGCCAGCUCAACGCAGACCUGCGCAAGCUGGCGGUGAAUAUGGUGCCCUUUCCUCGUCUUCACUUCUUCAUGCCCGGCUUCGCCCCACUCACGGCCCAGGGCAGCCAGCAGUACCGAGCCCUCUCAGUGGCCGAGCUCACCCAGCAGAUGUUUGAUGCCCGCAACAUCAUGGCUGCUUGUGACCCUCGCCGUGGCCGCUACCUGACUGUGGCUUGCAUCUUUCGGGGUAAGAUGUCCACUAAGGAAGUAGAUCAACAGCUGCUCUCUGUGCAGACAAGGAACAGCAGCUGCUUCGUGGAAUGGAUUCCCAACAACGUCAAGGUGGCCGUGUGUGACAUCCCGCCCCGGGGGCUGAACAUGGCAGCUACCUUCCUGGGUAACAGCACAGCCAUCCAAGAGCUCUUCACCAGGGUGUCGGAGCACUUCUCAGCUAUGUUCAGGAGGAGAGCAUUCGUGCACUGGUACACCAGUGAAGGCAUGGACAUAACUGAAUUCGGGGAAGCUGAGGGUGACAUCCACGACCUGGUGUCUGAGUACCAACAACUUCAAGAUGUCAAGGCAGGGCUGGACGACAGCGAAGAGGGCAGGGAGGAGGAGGAGGAGGCGGCAGAAAUGGAGGUGGAGGCAGAAGAUAGAGAAGAUUAGCCAGGAGAGAGGCCAUAGGGCAGCCAUUACCAGAAACGUCUCCAAAGGUUUGUGGCUGCCCUGAAGCCCGCGGAGCCUGGCCUCACCUUGGCACAGCCAAAGUGGUGGGACUGCAGGCGGACGUGGUGGUGAUGGCUGGAGGUGGCAGGGCCUUUGCCCACAGUUACUAGCCAGGGUUUUGACAACCAAUGCAUGCUUUUUUUCUUCUUCUUCUUACAUUUUAGCAAGUGAAUUUACUGUAGUGAGCCCCAUUUUUAACUAACUGUAGGUAGGCAUCCAGAUGGAGUGUUUUGUGUUUGCCAGGGGCCCUUUGCAGCUGCUGGUCCCUCUUCAACCCUUUAGCAGCAUUGGUGGGUCCCCGAUAACUAGGGCAGCUAAGAUGCCUCACAGAGUCCCUCUUUAACAAAGCCAGCAAAGCCAGGUGUCUGAAGAGUGUGUGGGAGGCUCAGGGCCAAGGUGAGUGUGAGCCCGCCCCCAGGGCUGCACUGUGCGGACCUUAUGUACUGUUUGACAGGCUGACUGGAAAAAGACAAAGGGGAGCAUGAAAACCAUGUCUCUCCUCUCAGCUCCCACCACCCAGAAGACUAGCAGAAUUCCGGUCCUCGGACCUCUGUUUCCCGGUGACGGGCUUCCAACGUCUUCCUCUGGGUUUUAAGUUUCUUAUUAGCACUAGAUGCCAGUAGUUCACUAAUGAGCAUCCUUGGUCUUCCUCUUACAGGCUGUCUGUAGGUGCCCUUUUCAUUUCCCCUCAGCAGUCACCCCUGACGCUCCCGGACAGCCUCCCCAUUCUCUGGGAAAGGGCAUGGCAUGCUCAGCAACCAUUUGAAUGCAGGAACAUAGCCGCAAUGCCGCAGUGUCCUCCUUGGUGACAGAGGACAUGGUCUCAUUAGGGAACUUUUAGUUGAUUAAUUUGCAGAGGCUGCCAUAGACAUUUGCAGGGUGACACAGCUUUAACCAUUGCAUGGCUGUAGUCUAGCAUCACAGCAAGACUGAGCACACAGGAGGCAGAUCCCCUGCAAUCUCCUAGGUCUGAGGUGAAUGGGCCUUAGUGGCCUGCUGGGAUCGUUGAGGGGCUCUUUGACCUCUCCAAAGGCAGUUAUUUGCAUGAAACCAGGUUCUAGUGUCUUUGCUUGUCCCCAUGGUGCUAGGGAUAGAACCCAGCGCCUUAGGGUACGCUGGGCUAGUGCUAUGUCACCAGCUACUCCCUUAUAAUCAGUAAUAAAGUGGCAGAUGGAUAGCCCUCUCUUUGUAUAUGCACUGUGAGGAAAUAAUUGCAACUCAUAUCUGGAGAAAAUCAGGCCCCAUUAUUGGUAUGGCUGGCCAGGCUCCUGCUUAUAUAAUCAAAAAAAAAAAAAAAAAGCACAAAGUAUUUUUUCCACUUCUGUAUGGACCGAGAAGCAGUAGUAUUAGUGAGACACGUGCCUUUCCACUCUUGGAUGCUAACAAAGCUGCAUGCGUACCUGGAUACCUUCAUUCUGAACCUCAAAAGGAAUUACACAGAUGUGAAAGAUUUACAUUCUUCCUAAAAUGUUUAUGACUGAAGGCUUGUUCAUUAGUAAUCAAUAAAGUGCAAAUAAAUACCAUUUUAAA